GUGGCUGUAUAUUGCUGAAUACAGCGACAAGCGGCAGGUAUACAAAACAAUAUCCCCCCUAUACAGUGAUCAUAUAGUGGUCAUCCCGGCUCUACAAAGGCUCUGCAGACUAUAAUGCAGUAUAAUCCAGUGACUCACAAGUGACAUCUUCUUGGAGUUCUUUUUCUCUCCUUUUCUUAUUGAUCCGGCCCAGACUGCCACGAUGACUUCAUGAAUCGUCUCUGUAUCUUACUUUUCAUAAGCUUUUCUUAUCUUUUCCCGACCAAAAGUGCCCCAAAUUGUAAUAAUGCCCUCCUUUGUAUCCCACACAAUAAGAGUGUGUAAAGGUGUGUUACGGGGAGCAGUAAGUGGGUUGGGGGUAAUUAGGAUCCCCCAUUAGGUAGGCAGCCGCCUCCAAAAGGUUGGUAUGUUACCCCAGUAUGUAGGUAGGUUCUCCUAGUAUGAAGGCAUGUCCCUCAUAGGAAGGUAGGUAGAUCCCUCGUAGGAAGGUUCACCUGGUAUGGCCCUUCCCACUUGGUAGGUAGGUUCCCCGUGUAGCUAGACAAGUCCUCAGAGCAAGCAGGUAGGCCAAAGUUAAACAGGUCUCCCAAGUAGACAGGUUUUUUCCCCAGUAAGUAGGUAGCUCCCCUAGUAAGUCGAUUUGUGUCCCCAGUAGGUAGUAGGUAUUUUCCCCAUUAGGUAUAUAGCCCCCCUCUCUCAUUCUCCUUGCCUCUGAGUGGCAGAGUAUUCCUUCUACACUUUGGUGCACACAUCUUCUAAAGGGUGAGGAGCAAAAGUCUUGAGCCACAUACAUUGGAGCAGGGAGUUGCUGCUGAGGCUGACACCCCUAAAGGGACAUCCAUCAGGAUGAGGACUCUGAGCUUUGCUAACCCUUGUGGCCUGUAAAUGAAAUUUCUCUUUGGACUAUACACUCUUGGCUUUGGAUUUGCUUUUACCAGACUGCACCCAUACUCCAUAGACUUUUACAGCUGUGGGGCCAGUUUCUGUUCAUCCUUAUGUGGUGAGCCACUGUGGUGAGGGACAGGGCCACAGGUGUUGCCGUGAUAAGUGUUGGGAUCAGAUGUUGUUAACCCCGGGGGUCGGAGGGUAUUAACCCCUAUGUGUUCGUGACGCCAGUGUGGUUUUCGGGUUCCGAAACACCACACGCCCGGAUUCUCCACUAUCCCACGGGCUAGUAGUGAAUGAAGAGUCCACAACCAGUUAUGGGUCAACGGAGGCUUUACUGAAUAGAAGACAGAUGGAAUUAUCUUCACAGCUAAGGCCAGAAUCCCAGAGAGGUGGCUAGGACCCAGAGGACCUCGCAGCUUGCUGGACCAAUACUUGUAAUAAACUUGACUUUGACUUGUAAUUAGACUUGACUUGACUAUGUGCAGGACUUGACUAACUUCAGUGACAGCCGACAUAGACUUGUAGACUUACUGGAGACUUGUAGCUUUGUGGUACUCCAGAUGCUGAUCACUUGUCUCUGAGGUCUCUGGUAGCUACUUCAGCAAAGACUUGUUCUCAGAAGCAGGUGGUAAAGCUAAGAGAGCUGGGAGCUAACAGAGUGAAUUAAAGAUGGCCACCCUUUUAUAUAGUGAGGGGGCUGGACUAAAGCCCAUUGGUCAAGCUGGUGGUCAUAGGUUAAAGCUGGUGCUCUCUGGGAGUACAUGUUACAACCAAUCAUGUAACUGCAUAACAUAACAUGUGACAGGAUUACUCACAGGCUCUUGAGACCUCCACAGGUCCUGUAUACUAUCUAGACAUAAGGAUCCUGUCUAUGCUCUUAAAGGCACAUACACCACAUUUAAUAAAUUAACAAGAUAACAAAGGGAGUCCCUGCAGGGGAGCCCCCAGGUCACUGAGGGACUCAACCUGACAGGGCCUACAGAUAGUACAGGAACAUGUACCUGUACUGGGACAUCACACUUAAAAUAAACAAUUGUACUGCUCCCCUAUCAUGUAAAAUCCUAGCAAACCUAUCACAGGCAGACAGCUGAGGAAGGCAAACAUGCCGAAAUGCAUCCGGUACCUAUGUCUUUGACAUUUCAAACAUGGAUUAAUAAACCUCUACUGGUUAAGCAUCAUCGGUGAGUGCUGAGUUAACUCUUUUCUAUACCUUGGACUCUUUUCUGCUUCGAGCACCACCACCCACAAAAGUGCCGAUCCACCGAUCCCAAUCGAUACUGGAUGGCGACAGGGCCCAGUGAGGCUGCUACCAUUGAUGGAGAUAGAGGGUGUGUGGACCCAAUGUUACAUCAGAAGGGAGUUCCUUAAAAUGAGGCUCUAAAAGAAAAAGGUCAGGUAUGAUCCAGAACAUUGGAGACGUUGAGAUGGGACAUUUCUUCACAUCGCUGUGGUGUACCGUGUUCUUCCUGAGCUUAGGUGGUGCGGCUGCUGUUACCAUCGUGAAUGGGACUCUAGGGAGAUCUGUUUUAUUAAACACAACUUAUGAAGUGCCAGCAAAUUGUUGGAUACAAUGGAAUUUUAACAGUGUAACUGUGGCAGAAUACUUUGCUUCUUCAUCUCAAUGUUACGGUCAGCUCAAUGGAAGAUGUCAGGUAUAUCAUAAUGGAUCCCUGACAAUCGACAAUGUCACCUAUGCAGAUGAAGGGGUUUAUACUCAGACUACACAAAGUCUAAUUUCUGCAUCAUCCACUAACACCACAAUCUACCUCCUCAGAGUAUAUGCUAUUCUCACUGCCCCUGUCCUUGGCUACAUUGACACCAGCGGUCCUGUUAUUAGUGGCUCUUAUGUGAUCCUCCAGUGUAAUGCCGGGAUUCAGGCUGUGUCCGCUUACACUUACUACCGUGAUGAGAGGCCAUUCUGCUCGACGAUGUCCCAUGAGACCAACAUUAUGUGUGGAGGAUCAUUACUGGUGUUCAUAUCAAUAUCUACGUAUGACUCUGGAUCCUACACCUGCACCAUCCAGAACCCCGUCAGCUCCAACAUCAGCAACUCCCUGACUGUGACUGUAAUCGCUCCAGUCUCUAAUGUGGUGGUGACCAGUAAUAUAUCAGGACUUGUGUGGCCUGGAAUAGAUUCCAUCUCUCUUUGAUGUUCGGCUCUUGGUACCAAUGUCAGCUACUCAUGGAGUCUACAAGGGACAACAAUAUCAACAGGAAACCGGUCCGGGCUCAGUGCCGAUAACUCCACGCUCACUAUCAGCCCGGUCACCACCAGUGACAAUGGAACUUUUAUAUGUACGGCUACAAAUGUCAUAAACAACCAGAGCAGUGAGGAGAAGCUCAACCUGGCCUCUCCAGUCUCGGCAGUGACACUGAUCAGUAACUCAUCAGGAGAUCUCUGGGCAGGACAGGACUCGGUGUCUCUCUAUUGCUCAGCUCAGGGUUCAGCCAUCACCUUCUCCUGGAGCCUGAAUGGGAAUCCAGUGUCCUCGAGUCCUCCAUAUAACAUUACUCAGAGCGAUUCUCCUCCAAACUCCAAUCUCACCAUCAACCCCCUUUCCAAAAAUGACAAUGGACCCUUCACCUGUACAGCAUCCAACAUAGCAAACAAUCAGACCAGCAAUGCAACCAGCUGUAAUAUUAACUGGUUUCCUGAUGGAGAUAUUCUCUGUUCUGCACAACCCGUAAAUCAGACAAUACAGCUCGGCUGCUCCUGGCCGGGAGGAAAACCUGCAGCUAAUGUGACCCUGAGAUUUAAUGAUACAGAAAAUACAGGCACCGAUGAAGUGUUGAGAAAUGUAACUUCUAGGAACAUCCAUGGGAGUAAUCUCACCUGUAAUGGUGAUCAGUUGGGAAGAACCCAAAGCUGUGUGUUGUUAUUUGAGCCUCCAAAUUAUUCUGACCAUGGAAAUAGUUCAAGAACUUCAUCUACAGAAGGCGAUACAGUUACCCUGACAGUAAAUUUAGCAUCAGAAGCCCAGUCCAGGGUCGUCUCCUCCUCAUCUCAGGUCCUUCCUGCUCAGUUCUCCUGGUUCUAUGAUGCAGACAAUAGUUCCAUUCAAACUGGUGGUAAUUUCAGUGUGAACUCAACGGACUAUGCGUCAACUCUCAAGAUCUACGAGUUGUCUGCAUCUGAUUCUGGAACAUAUUACUGUAUAGCCAGAAAUUUCAUUGGAAACACAACCUUCCUCUUCAAUGUUGAAGUGACAAAAAAUUGUGGUUCCCGUAAUGGACUGAAUGGUGGCCAGAUAGCCGGUAUUGUUAUAGGAGCCCUCGCUGGUGUCGUUAUAAUCGGAAUCAGUGUGUUCCUCAUAUUAAGGAAAGGAAAGACCACAGAAAUUGUAUAUGAUGAUGCACAUUCUCCACCAAUAGACACUUAUGAAUCUAUACUUCCAGGAACACAGAAUGAAUCAAUAUACCAGACCGUGAUGCCAGGACCUGGAAAAUAACAAUGUUUUCUAAACACCUUUCAUGAUCCUUCGCAUUUAUUGUUCAGCUUUUAAUAUAUCAGGGAGAUUAAAAAUGUGUUAUAAAUAUUUAUUUACUUAUGUAACCCCUUAAUCUCCUAAGGAAAAGGCAUGUUUUAAACUUUUGGGGAGUUUCGUUUUUGGUAGUGUUUUAUGUGCACUUUAGGGUAAAACUGACAUGUUCUCUUUAUUCUGUGGAUCAAUACGAUUAAGACGAUACCCAUGGUCAAACUUUUGAAACAAAAAAGUAUGUUUAAACUUUUCCUUUUCUGACUCCUAUAACUUUCUUAUUUUUUUACUUUUGUGUAUAUAUGUGACUGUUUGAUCACUUUGUAUUCUAUUUUUGGUACCUCUGUCCACUCAUCGGACACUUACAAUCACCCUGCGGUUGUCUGAUGAGUGUAACUAAGCCCCCAACUGCUCUGGAUGCCGUGAUCAGUAUUGAUAAUGACAUCUAAAAAGUAAAUAGCAGGCAUCAACGUGAUUGAUGAUUUCCGCCAUUGGCAGUGAGGUCCCGGCUUUUCGCCUGGUGUGCUAAGUACAUGGUGGCCAGAUGUACAUUUACGCCCUGUCUCCACUAGGGGUUAAGGGGAGUACUGUAUGCAGGGCUCAGGAACGCAUGGGAACUGAGUUCCUGCACUUUUUCCACAGCAGGAACACUGUUCCAAUUAGCAGGAACCAGCCCUUGAGUGGAACUUUUGGGUGAGUUCCCACACUUUUUUUUCCCAGGACUUGACCCCUGACUGUAUGCAUUGGAGGCUAAAGCUGAUGCACUUCUUGCCUCUAUAUGCCUCUAAUAACUGAAAAGGAAAAGACUGAAUGACAGGCCAAGAAUCCAGGAUAGGGGGUUGUGCGAAAAACCUGAUGUCCAGCAAAAGGCUGCGUGUCCACAGCAGACAAAAACAGGAGGCCCAAAGCCCACCAGCUCACUACGAGAGGAGAAGGAAUAAUCCUUGAGCAGCAUUACACCUGCAGGUCAAGCAGAAUCCCCAGAGUUGCUCACAGCAGCAUAGUUCUCCUCAGAAGAGGAUCCUAGCGGUUUUGCUGUAAGAGAUAAGCUAAAAUGGCUAUUUUGAAUAUUCUUGCUAAAAUGACCACUCACUAGCUCACUCCCACCUCCCAUCAUGCUUGAUACAAUGUGCAUAAGAUGGCGCCUCCAGAGAGAGCUACACCCGAGAUGAUAAGACUCACAUCCUGGAUGAGGAACGCCUUCAGAUGGAAGAAACCAAUCACAAGGACAGCUAUUUAUGAUGUAACAUUUUUACAGUCUAUAUAAACCCUUGUAACUGUUGUAAAUACAGGAAGUAUCAUUUUGACUGAACUGUGUGUCAGUGUGAUUUUCUUCUCUCGUGCAUGCACUGAUCCUGAUACCUAAUUAGAAAGGGCCUGUAUGGGGGGAAAAACAAGAGACCAGAGUGGGCGCCUUGUGUGAUACCGUUUGGGUGGUAUAGGGAAGGGGAAGGUGAGAGAGAUGCGGGGCUUGCAGGCCCCUUAGCUAGUGGCUGCUCACCUUGGAGCAAGUAUUAAACUUACAUAUCAA